AUGGAAGCUUACAGCAAUAUGCUGCUGACCGAGGGUGUUUCACCCCUUUCGAACUCAACCGAAUCUUCGCCACCGUAUAGUGCUGCUGGCCCUGUUGCUGAGUACGGGGAUGGAAAUUACGGUUUUCAAGCUGGAGGAAACGUUUGUACAAACAACUACCAUGUGGAAAACAACUUUGUGGAUCUACAAAUCAACCAACAUCUAUCGAAAUGUACAAACGACCAACAGCCCAAUUUUUCAUUUUCGACUCAGGAUGCUCAAGUUGCCAUCCAGGGAAAACCGCUCUAUAGCAUCCAAAUUCCCUACCUAUACGCUGACAGCCAAGAUAAAAGAUCGACAGAUACAGAAAAGAGCCUUCCACCAGGUCCAAUCAGUCCAAAGCGGAGCUCAAGCGAUACUCCAAAUACCAAACGAGUCAGAACAGCUUAUACUCCAUCCCAACUUGUUCAACUGGAGAAAGCGUUCCACUCUAACAAAUACCUGUGCCGAAAAAGUCGUACCGAAAUGGCUCAACUCUUAAACCUGACGGAACGUCAGAUCAAAGUCUGGUUCCAAAACAGAAGGAUGAAAUGUAAAAAGGAACAAAAACAAAGGACGCCCUCUCCUGGAUUAGACAACAGGACCUCUCCUACUCUGUCAGUUGCUGCAUCAACUCCUAGUUCACAUAGCAAGCCAAGGGUUGAAACGGUGAGGCCGGAUCAUCAUUUGGUGACUGGCGGGCAGGCUGGUCGUAGUCAAUGCGUACCACAAACUGUACAGGGAGACCAGUGGGAAGGUAACGCUUUGUACAUCAGCCAAUGUCAAAGCUUAUACGAAAACGUCCAACUAGAUCCGAAUUAUCAAUACCAACAUGAUCCAGUCAUCUGCUAUCCUUUACCGGACGAUAUGUGCGUUCUAUAA